AUGUCACGUAAAGCGAAUUAUAAUGAUGACCAAGAAUCAGUAGAAAUUGAACCAGAACGUCUACUUGUUCAUAAACUAGUCGAUUCAAGUAAAGCUCAACGAGCGAAAGCAAUUGAACGAUUAAAAUCAUGGAUCAAUGCUCGAACACUAAAUCCAGCUAGUUUUUUCACCUAUGAUGAUUUAAUUAAAAUUUGGAAAGGUCUUUAUUAUAAUAUGUGGAUGGCUGAUAAACCUAUUCUACAGGAACAAUUAGCUACAGAAAUAUCAUCUUGGAUUCAUGAAUUUCGAGAUAAUGAUCAAGCACGUCUAUAUAUUGAUGCUGGUUUUGCUACAUUUGCUCGAGAAUGGUGGGGUAUUGAUCGAUGGCGUCUGAGCAAAUUUAUGACAUUUGUUCGAUAUUUUCUACGCGAAUCAUUUAUGUUUCUUAAAAAUCUUAAAUGGCUCAAAGUUGAUGUAUUAAAAUUUACCAAAAUGCUUCGUCAAAAUGUUCUUAGUGCCAAUGGCAAUCGAUCCUGUGAUGGUUUAAAACUACAUGUUACUGAUAUUUAUUUAGAAGAACUUGCACAAGUUGCUGGCGUAGUAUUAAAACCAAAACGAUUAAUUCUUUUGUUAUCACCAUUUUUUAAUAUUAUUAAAACAUCUGACAAUGAAGUGCUUGUUAAACAUGUUUAUAAAAAUUUGUUCAUACAAAUAAUUCAAUUUUCGGAUGUUGGUAUUGAUCCAGAAGCGGAAGAAGAAAUGGAAGCAAUUCAAGCAUUUGGUCGACAAGCAAUUGAAGAAGAAAUGGAAACCAAUAAUGAAAAUGACGAGCAAGAAGAAGUUGCUUUACAGUUUGAUUAUAAACUUCUUUCGGAAAAAUUAGUUAAAGUAGCUAAAGUCGAAAAUUGCAAACAACGCAAUCGUAAACAAAUAUAUGAAUUAGCACGAAAAUUUGAUGCACUUUCACGUGGUAUAUAUCCGUUAUCAGAUGAACGAUUACCAGAAGUAUUUGAAUCAAAUCGAUUAUCUUGUGAAGUUGACGUGAACACUUUACGAGAAUUUCAAAAAGACUUAGGUGAAUUGGGCCACAAGAAGAAAAGUAAAACAAAACCCGAAGAAAUUGAUCAACUUCUAGAAAAAUAUGAUAUUAAAAAACGUCGGAAGAAACAUCGUGGAAAAGGGGGCUCAAAAAAGAAACAACAACAAAAAAAUGGUGAUGAUCAAUGA